AUGGAUACAGUGAAAUAUAUUUUGGUUACUGGCGGGGUCAUCAGCGGGAUCGGCAAAGGUAUUAUCUCUAGCAGCAUCGGGACUAUUUUAAAAGCAUACGGAUGGAAUGUUACGUGUAUAAAAAUUGAUCCUUAUUUAAACAUUGAUGCUGGUACCUUCUCCCCCUUUGAACAUGGAGAAGUUUACGUUCUGGAUGAUGGAAGUGAAGUUGACCUUGAUCUGGGAAAUUAUGAAAGAUUUUUAAAUAUAACAUUGACCAAAGAUAAUAACAUUACGACGGGAAAAAUUUAUCAGAAAGUAAUUGAAAAAGAACGUCGUGGAGAUUACCUUGGGAAAACAGUACAAGUCGUCCCACACAUCACAGAUGCUAUUAUUGAAUGGGUCACAAAUGUUUCUCGAAUUCCAGUAGAUGAAAGUGGUUCAACCCCAGAGGUAUGCAUCAUUGAACUUGGUGGUACAAUCGGCGAUAUUGAAUCUAUGCCGUAUGUUGAGGCCUUCAGACAAAUGCUUUUUCGAGUGGGAAGUGUCAAUUUUUGUUGCGUACAUGUCAGUCUAGUACCUCAGCUUCAGUCUGUUGGAGAGCCUAAAACCAAACCUACCCAACUGUUUUAUUCAUUUAACGGAAUUGAGGUAUUUAUUUCUACGGAGAUUUACUUUUUUUUUAAUGGAUAUAUUAAAAUUUCUCCGUAA